UGGUUCGCUUACUGAGAAAAUUGUUGUGUUUUCGCAAUUCCCAAUUUUAAUUAUUUUAAUAAAACAAGCGUAUAUUCCCUUCAAGAAGCCGAAUUAUUAAGCUAUCUAUUCAUUAAACAAUGUCUUAUAAAAUGGGAGAGAAGAAAUCUAAGCAAAGUAAAGCAGAUAUCGCUAAGCAGUUCGACCUGCCUGAGAGGCAGUCGAAGAUCACAUCGUUGUUGAAUCAAGCUGGGCAGGCUUACUGCAUUUGCCGUUCAUCCGACAGCUCACGGUUUAUGAUAGCUUGUGAUUCAUGUGAAGAGUGGUACCAUGGGGAUUGUAUAAAUAUAUCGGAGAGGGAAGCUAAAUACAUUAAAAACUACUUCUGCGAUCGCUGUAGAGAAGAAGAUCCUAGCCUUAAGACAAGGUUUAGACCACAGAAGAGAGAAAAUGAUGUGGACUCAGUUUUAGGAAAAGAUGAUAGAAAGAAGAAACGUAAGGAAAAGGAUCAUUCGGAGAAUAAAUCUUCUAGAAGACCUGCCAAGGAUGGCUGUGGGGAUUGUGCUGGAUGCUUGCAGAUUCAUGAUUGUGGGCACUGUGAUGCAUGUGAAGAUAUGUUUAAAUAUGGUGGCAGCAAUAAGCUAAAGCAGAGAUGUCGUCAGAGAUUAUGCAUCAAGAGCAAGAAGGCAUCUAGGAUAUCCAGUAGCAACCGCAUAAAGAAGAAGCACCACGAGCGCGAAGUCUACGAACCGGAGGAGUCCAUAUCUCACUUGCAAACGGUUGAGCCGCGGCAGUGCUACGGACCGCAGUGCGUCCGCGCGGCGCAGUAUGGCUCUAAGUAUUGCUCCGCCCAGUGCGGGAUGAGGCUGGCCACUGCGAGGAUAUAUCAAGUCCUCCCUCAAAGGAUCCAAGAGUGGUCGCUAUCAAGUUGUGUAGCGGAACAACACAAUCGCAAGGCUUUGGAGGUGGUCCGCAGCGGCCUGGCUCGUGCACAGGCAGCUUUACGAGCCUUGGACAAGCAACAUGUGGAUUUAGACAACUUGAUCGCGAAAGCCAAACAUGCAACUAUAGUGCAUACUGAUGAAAAGGAAGCAGAUGAUGAAACCUCAAUGUACUGUAUCACUUGUGGCCACGAGAUCCACUCGCGCACGGCCGUCAAACAUAUGGAGAAGUGUUUUGUAAAAUACGAGGCCCAGGCGUCCUUCGGCAGUCGACACCGGACGCGCAUCGACGGACAGAGCAUGUUCUGUGACUACUACAACCCUAUCAACGGCACUUAUUGCAAGAGGCUGCGGGUGAUGUGUCCAGAACACUUCAAAGAUCCCAAAGUGAGCGAUACAGACGUGUGCGGUUGUCCGCUCGUCCGGAACGUGUUCGAGCCUACGGGGGAGUUCUGUCGCGCGCCCAAGAAGGCCUGCCUCAAACACUACCAGUGGGAGAAGCUGAGGCGCGCUGAGAUUGAUAUGGAGCGGGUUCGCCAGUGGCUGAGACUGGACGAGUUGGUUGAGCAGGAGAGAAAUAUCAGACUUGCUAUGGCUUCCAGGGCGGGAGUACUGGGUCUGAUGUUACACUCCACAUACAACCACGAGGUGAUGGAGCGCAUCACCAAGGCCAACGAGAACGGGAAACUCAAGGAGGGCUCAUGACACAGGCACCGACCCAAGCCGACCUUCAAGGCUCCCAUACCGAAAAAAUAAACACGAUUUCCCAACUUAAAUCGUACAGAUUAAUUAAAGUUAUAAGAAAAUGUAUUUAAAUUAAAAUACAUAAAUCUAGAAAUUAAAUGUUUCAUAAUUCGGGCUACAAAAAUUGCAACUUGCUGUAAAUCUUGUUAAUAGUAGUAGCCAUCCCUGCAAUAAAGAUUUUUCUAUUGCUGGGCAUUCUUCGAUGUUAGAAGUAAGGAAUAAAGUUGUCUUCCUGACGAUAUUAUUUUGUAAUUGUGUGUAAAUAAGUAUAUUUUUUGUCUGUAAUAUUGAGAUUUGGAAUAAAUUCAC